AUUUAGGUGUUCCGUGAAUGCACCGUGAGCUUCGUAAGAUCCAAGCAGAGACAGAGAAGAAGAAGAAAAACUUGUUGGAAACUCUUCAACAACAAAUUCAGGUAUUUUACUGUGAUUUCUUCUGUUUGAAAAAAGUCCUUUCUCACAACUUUUGUUUGUUAUAACACGUCUAUUACAAAAAAAAGAAGUUUUAAUGACUUAAGUAGGUUCAAAGAUGGUAAUAGUUUGGCCUAAAGUCGCAGGUUUAGCCUCGUCAUGGGCUAACGUUAGCGUCGACAAACACAAUGACACGAAACUUUGAGCAGCUAAACUUUAGAGAGUCUAAAAGUGAGAUUAUAAAAACUUUAACUGAAGAGAAAACUUUUCUGUUUGGCAGAGAAAUUAGAGUAACUGUCGAGUUUUAGGGAUUAGAUGUGAUUUUUUGCGAAUUACCUGCUGAAAACCAAAUUAUGCUGACUAAACCGUUAGCUUCGUUAUGCUAAAUCUGGAAAACGUUUUUGACAUCUCGAUGAAGAAGUUAUUUUUUGUGUGUGUUCUUGAACUAAUAAUGUAAUCAUCUUUAACAAACAUCAUCAGGAUCUCUGCUCAUCGUUAAGAGACUUAAAGUGGAUCAUAAAUCUGAAUCUGUCUUCUUUCGUACUCUGUAAAAGGGUCCUGAUGUACGGUGGCCCUGAAGGACAAUGACAUGAAUAUUUAUUUAACAUAAACAACAGAUAAAUUCACAAAACAAGAAAGGAAUUUAUUCAAACAUGAUAAUAUUUUGAUAAACAUUUUCAAUCAGAAAAAUUAUCAUCAAAAAAUGUUUUCUUAAAUAUUUUUUUUGUUCUGAGAAUUUUUUGUUUUCAAAAGUAUUUUUACAUCUCCAAAAUAACUUUAAGCUUAUUUGCAUUCCAAAAAUAUUUCAUAGGUUUUGUAAUUUUUUUUCUUUAGAAAUAUUUUAUGUAUUUUCUGAACUAUGUUGAACAUUUAAUUGUUUAAUUGUUUUGUUUUUGAAUCUUUAUUUUUUUUUAUUCCAUUAAUUCCUAUUUGAAUUUUGAUUUAUUGCCUUCUUGGCAUAUUUGUGCUGUUGACUUUCAGGGCCACUGUACAUCCCCAUUUUAAAAACACGUUAUUAUAGUUGGGCUUAUGUUUCAAAAAUAUCUUUGUAGAAUUUAUUUGCAUUUCAAAAAUAUUUCUUAGUUUUGUAAUUUUUUGUGUUUUCAAAAACAUUUUUGUAUUUGCUGAUAUAAAUUGAACAUUUUCUUGUUUUUGUUUUUUUUUCUUGAGCCUUUAAUUUUUUUCCAUUUACUCCUUUUUAAUUUAUUGCCUUCCUGACAUAUUUGUGUUGUUUAUGGAUUAGAUGUGAUUAGAUGUGAUUUUGUGUAAAUAACCUGCAAAACAUUUUUUAAUUCUGACUAAAUGUUAUUGACAUCUCAAAUUUCUGUCCUAGAAUGAAACGGUUUUUUUUUUGUGUGUGUUUGUGUUUUUGAAUCACUCAUGUAAUGUGGUUAAAACUGUAAAAAAAUAUUUAUAUGUUUAAAAAGUUGAAGUCUGACCUCAUCAGCUAAUUUAAGAGCAAAAAUAUUAAAUAUGUAAAACAUUAAUUGUUCAGUUCUGCAGUUUCAGUUCUGUGUUCUGUCUGAUCGUGGUCAUGCUGGAGUUUUCAUGUCAGUUUCCCUCUUUAUCUUCCCUACAGUUGUCCUGGUUUUCACAGAGGUCUUAAGAUGUCGUCCGGAGCUCUCUUCCCGAGCUUGGUGAGCGGAUCCAGGGGGAGCUCGAGCAAGUACCUGGUGGAGUUCCGAGCAGGAAAAAUGACCUUAAAGGGGAACAUCGUGACUCCAGACAAACGUAAAGGCAUGGUGUACAUCCAGCAGUCUGACGACUCUCUGAUCCACUUCUGCUGGAAGGACCGGACCACCGGGAACGUUGAUGUUGUGAGUAACCCUAAACUCAUCAUGGAACAGUCCAGUUAGUCGACUGAUGAUGAUUAAAGUUUCACACAGAGAUAAUGAGCACAGACUGUGGCAGCUGGUCUGAUCACACCGUGUUCGAGCUCGGCGUCACACAAGUCGUUACUAUCUUCAGACAUGUCGCACAUUCCACAAAUACCUCAGACAAACCCGGAGCAGAGGCGGCGCUCCUGCAGAGGACCACGAAUCUGUGUCGCCCCAGAUCCUCAUUCUGCUUCACACACAAACGUUUUUCACGCUGACACAGCAGCGAGUCCUGAUUUAGACCUCACAAGGUGACCCACGGUAAUGCUCGCUGGUUCCCCCUGUCAGUGAUUGUUUGAUGAUCAUCGCUUGUGGCGGAGCGUCCUCGGUGUAUGCUCGCUCUUGUCUUCCUCUCUGAACGUCUUAUGUUGUUCUUUUCCUCCUCCAGGACCUGAUCAUCUUCCCCGAUGACUGUGAAUUUAAACGAGUGAACCAGUGCACCACCGGGCGCGUCUACGUGCUGAAGUUCAAGGCCGGGUCCAAGAGGCUCUUCUUCUGGAUGCAGGUGAGUUGAAGUUGAAGAAAUAAAGUCAGGUGUGGUUGUUUUUUGAGUUGAGAAACUGAGAUGAUGAUGGUUUUCCCCUCAGGAGCCCAAGACCGAUAAAGACGAGGAGUACUGCCGUAAGGUGAACGAGUACCUGAACAACCCUCCCAUCCCCGGAGCUCCAGGCAGCGGAGGCGGCAGCGGCCAUGAACUCUCUGCACUUGGGGGAGAAGGAGGCCUGCAAAACCUGCUGGGAAACAUGAGCCACAACCAGCUGAUGCAGCUGAUCGGACCGACAGGACUGGGAGGACUGGGUGAGCAGCGUGAUCCCUGACAUGUUUAGAUGUGGAAUUGAAAUCAGUUUGGACCCUGUUUGAUCGAGUUUUGUUUGUCUGAGGAGGUCUGGGAGCUCUGGCAGGUCCAGGUCUCGCCAACUUACUGGGCAGCGGAGGACCGGCGACGAGCAGCUCGUCAUCCAGGUGAGACGACACGGACACAUGAGCUCAAAUCCAGACUGAGAUCGCAACAAAUGUCAGGAUGGGAUUAAUCUGCUCCUCUUCCUCCUCCUCCUCUUUAGCUCUCGUAGCCAAUCAGCAGCAGCCACCCCGUCCUCAGGUGGAGCCCCCAGACAGAGCUCCACUCAGGCCCCCACCACCCCUGUGACUCCGGCUGCCUCUGCCGUCUCCCCGACGACUGUGGCUCCGUCCACACCAGGUACACAAAGUCCAAAACGCAGAUUUACUAAAAACAUAAAGAUGAAGAGCUGUCAGAGAGUAAAGGCUUCGUUUUUAAUCCCCUCAGCCGCGGCUCAGACCCCAGUGGCCCCUGCCUCUGUGGGAAGCCCCGCCUCCCACCAGCCCAUCCAGCUUAGUGACCUUCAGAGCAUCCUCGCCACCAUGAACGUCCCGGCUUCAGCCGCUCAGGGAUCGGCUGGUGAGUCGUCUGAUUUAGCACUAUUUCUGAUUUUCAUUUACUGAAAAAGAAACUAAAAGUAAAGAAGAAGAAAAAGUACAUGUGUCUAACGGGACCGCUGUCUCGCUCUGUAGUGGACCUGGCGAGCGUCUGCACCCCGGAGAUGAUGGCUCCCAUCCUGACCAACGCUGAGGUUCAGCAGAGACUCCUGCCGUUCCUGCCCAGUGGAGAAAGUCUACCUCAGAGCGCAGAGGAGAUCCAGAACACCAUCAACUCGCCUCAGUUCCAGCAGGUAAACGAUCCACAUCAGACAUUAAAUUAAGGAUCCUCUGUUAAUUAAAUCAGCCUGUAAGUGUGUCAAACAGCUGCAGAUAGUGCUGAAUAAACCUGCGUGUAACUCCUGUGACUCCUCCCCCUCCAGGCGAUGAGUAUGUUCAGCAGCGCCUUGGCCUCCGGGCAGCUCGGUCCGCUCCUGACUCAGUUCGGCCUCCCGGCGGACGCUGUGGACGCUGCCAACAGAGGAGGUGAGAGGAGACACACAAACAGCACACACUCACAGAGCUCGAGAGACGAGACCCAAAACUCUCUAAAUCAGUGUCAAAUCAUUAAAGCGGGAAAAUACUUCAUACUUCUUUCUCUCUGUGCGUCUUGUCAGAUGUGGAGGCGUUUGCGAGAGCCAUGCAGGGCGCCAAAGGAGACACCAAAGAGAAGAAGGACGACGACGAGGACAUGAGUCUGGACUGAGAGCUCGUGCCGCCAAACCUCAUUGGAGGAAAAUCAGCUGUGAUUCCUUUUCUGAUCUUCACCUCUGUGCUUUAGUUCACCUCACCAAAGACAGAGCAGUUCUGACUGUGACCACCAUCUUUGUUGUUCUCAUACUUUUAUUUUGAAAGGACAGAGGGGGAAACCUUCUCUGACUCCAGCCUUAAGUUUGCUUCUUCUUUCGGGCUUUUUUUUUUGGUGAUUUACUCUUUAAUAAAAAAAUCAUAGUGGCAAUAAAAACA